AUGGCUUUUAAAAACGCUCUCGCCGCUCUCGUCUUGGCGUUACCACUCGUUAAUGGUUUGAGGACCAGGCGAACUACUUGCCCUGACGGUGUCAAUACUGCCAUUAACGCUGCGUGCUGCAAACUCUUCCCUGUCGUUGAAGAUCUCAAGGAGAAUUUGUUCGAGAACGAGUGCGGUGAUGGAGCUCACGGCGCUCUUCGUCUGGUUUUCCACGAUGCCAUUGGUAUUUCCCCUACUCUCGGUGGUGGAGGAGCCGACGGCUCUAUUGCAACCUUCAACGAGACGGAAUUGACCUUCCACGCCAACCUGGGAAUCGACGAUGUUCUUGACGCUCUCGGCCCACUCCUAAUCAAGCACUCCGACGUUGUGUCGGCCGGAGACUUCAUUCAAUUGGCUGGUGCAGUCAGUCUUGUCCAAUGCAACGGUGCUCCUCGGAUUCCAUUCUUCAUGGGACGUGCACCCCCAAAGGCUGCAUCCCCACCAAACUUGGUUCCAGAACCAUUUGACAGUGUUCAGUCAAUUCUCCAACGCUUCGGUGAACUCGGAUUCUCCACUGAAGAAACUGUGGCCGUCAUUGCUGGCUCUCACAGUGUUGCUGGUGCUGAUGAUGUAGUACCUAACAUGGAAGGAGUUCCAUUCGAUCAAACUCCAGACAUUUUCGACACACAAAUCUUCGUUGACGUCCAACUUCGCGGAACGAUAAGCCCCGGUAAUGAAAUAACUCAAGGAGAGGUCGAGACUUCAGUUCCCGGCACUGUCCGCUUGCAGUCUGACCACCUGCUCGCCCGUGAUUCCGCUACUAAUUGCGAGUGGCAAUCAUUCGUUAACAACCAGGCCAAGAUGGCUCAGGUCUUUGGACAAGCCGUUCUCAAGCUUUCUCUCUUGGGCCAGAAUCAGAACGAGUUGAUCGACUGCUCCGAAGUAAUUCCUCCGGCCAUCCCCUUCACUGGAGGACCCGCCACCCUCCCACCAGGACAGACCAUGGAUGACAUUGAGCAAGCAUGUGCUACUGCCGCCUUCCCAUCCUUGGCCACUCAACCCGGCCCACCCACCACCGUCCCCCAGAUCGCUCGCCUGAGACUACACACUAUGAAAUCAGCCAUUCUUGGCCGCUUCGUGGCAAUUGCUUUAGCCGCGACUACUGCGGUGGCAAAUGUGAUUCCACCGGCAUCUCCCGUCACAAAUACAACUCUGAAAACUAUCGUUCCGUCAAUCCGCAGGGCCACCGUAGAGGGUGUAGAGAGCAACGUCAAUGGAGCAAUCGCAGGACCUGUCGAUGGUAUUGCAGGAUCAGUCCCUUCUCCUCGAGGACUUUUGGGGAGUGAUUCGGGGGGACUUUUUAAGCGUUUAGCUAGCUACAUACCAACGACUCUGAUAUCGCGCGGGGGAAACAACAACAACGAGGCCGACAACGGAUACCUUAACCUCGCGCUUCUCCUGUCCCAACUUGAAUUUGCGUUCUUUGAAAAUGGUCUCAAUAGAUUCUCCGCAGAGGAUUUCAGGGCGGCAGGAUAUGCAGAUUGGGUUAGGGGACGCUAUGAACAAAUCAGGGAGCAUGAACGUGCCCACGUUGAAUUCCUUCAGAGCGCAGUUACAACUUCCGGAAGGGACAGGGUUCAAGCCUGCGACUACAGAUUCGAAUUCGAUAAUGUCCGUAUCUUCGUUGACAUUAGUGAAGCUAUAGCGACUAUAGCUACGAGUGCUUAUGUCGGGGGACUGCACUACUUUGAACUCAGGGAGUAUAUUACAGUCCUUGCAUCCAUUCUAGCGGUAGAGGCACGUCAAGCUGCUUGGAUCAAUGGAUCCGUUCGCAAGCAGAACCCUUGGAAUACGGCCUUUGAAACUCCUCUCACGCCCAAUCAGGUGCUUACUCUCCUUACGUCUUUCUUCGACUUCGAUUCAAUGCCUGGUCAAAAUCGCGGGCUACUUCCCCCCGGAGUUCAUCCUUACCCAAGAUUGUCGCUCGCACCUAGAUUGAUUCCUGGAGAAGAAGCAGAGAUCUCAUUCCCAUACUCGCGAAAUGAUGAUGGAGAACGACUUUAUGCCGCGUUCUUGGUCGGUUUUGAAACCAUUUUUGCGGUCAUUAUUGAGCGAGAUGAACAUGCUGAGGGCUCUGGCUCAGAGAAUCGACGCAGGUACUUCGUUCAAGUUCCAAGGGAUCUCGCUGCUAGGGGCACUGUCUUUGUCAGCGUUGUACGGGGCAGGGAUAACAUCAAUGAUGUGAGGUUCGACGACUCGACUAUUGUUGCCGGUCCUGCCAUUGCAAUGUUCCCAUUUGACGCCUUUGGGAAACCUAUUGGAGAAUGGUAA